CACGUGGUCCAGUCGCCAUGCCGCGAUGCUGCCACCCAGGUGACCGGUUGUCGCACCCAAUCUCGACUUGGAGAUUCCAAACGCACGGCCUCGAGACGAUCGACCCGGAUCAAGUGUCGAGGCACGCAUAGUCUGAGUAAAGCAUACCACGCACGACUCGCUAUCCUGCCGCACCCAGCAUUCUGUCAUCCUCUCCCACAUCCACCAUUCAAGGACUAGGCACUGUGCACUAGCUACUCCAACAGACGACCUCCACUGAGCCUCCGGCCCGAAACUAGAUUGGCGCUUGCCCCUCUCACCACCCAAAGGUGGACUCUUGAGCUACGAUGCCCAUCCGAGAAUUGUCCACGCCCCAUCCUCUGAUCGAUGCGGAUCCACACUUUGCCAGAGUGGUGCAGUACAUGAGGCCAUCCGAUUACGCUUGGUGGGGAGGCGCGACAGCUGCGAUGCCUUUUGGUCUCUACUUCAUGGAACAGGUAGACAGUACCAGGAGCCCUAGAGGCAUCGGAUCGGCCCUCAGAUUGGCCACCUUCUUGGGUGCCUGCGGUGGUUUUUUGUUUGCCUAUCAGAGGAGCAGCUUUCGUCUAUGGGGCUGGGCAGAGAACAGUCUGGAGCUGGAGAGAGCAAAGUCAGACGAGAAGCCAUACGGUACAGACCCCAGCAAGAGCAGUCUGGACUCUCACUUGCAGAGCGUAGCUCACAGGAACAGCGCAUUCAGUCAACUCAAAUUCAGCACAAUUCCUUGGUUCAAUGUCGUCGCUCAUCCUUUCCACGGCAAUGGCUCACAAGAGAAAUCAGAGUGAAGAAGGCCUUACCAGUAACCCAAACUACAGCAAUGGCAUCUUUCUGACAUCAUGACGCAAUCUUUCG